AUGCUGCUGUCCAAGACGAUCCGGAGGGCGCUUCCCGCUGCCGUCUCGCCCCAGGCCCGCGCGUCCUACCUCGCCCUCUAUAGCAUCUCGCGUCGCGCGCCCUUGUCCCAGUCGCACACGCGCAAAUCGUCUAGAUUCAAUCGUUCCGACUUCAGCGGCCAGGGCUUCUCGUCUUUCUAUGAGCCUGACCAGCCCACGCGCGGUCCACUGGGCAACACCAGCAAUGUGGGCGCAGGCCACAUCACGCCCAAAGUGCUGCGACAGCACCUCGAUCAAUUCGUCGUUGAUCAGGAUCGCGCAAAGAUAGUCUUGAGCGUGGCUGUCCACGAGCACCAUCUCCGCAUCCAAGAGAUCAAGAGACAGCACCAUGAGCAGGCUAGACUCGAGGCGCAGGCUCAGAGGCGAGCAUCCGUGUACAGACAUCCUGUAGAAGGUAGCCCCAAAUCUCAUAUUGAUCCAAUCAUCGACGACUUCAACCGUCAUCCUCUUAUGAUGCGGGCGCUGAGCAGCAGAGCAGACGAGUUCCCCGGCCAGCAGUCCACCGUAGAACUGCACAGUCACAGUGACCCUCUACCCUACGGCGAAGCACCUGCCUACAAACCAGCCUCGUCCACCUCCUCAGACCCCGACUCCUUACUCGAUACCAGCGAGCACCAGCUGCAGAUAGAAAAGUCUAAUGUGCUCAUACUUGGACCUACUGGUGUGGGAAAGACGUUGAUGUGCAAGACACUGGCCAAGACGCUGGGUCUACCCAUCUCCAUGUCGGACUGCACUACCUUUACACAGGCAGGAUACAUUGGGGACGACGUCGAGUCGUGCGUUGCUCGUCUCUUCUCAGCCGCGAACUAUGACAUCGACGCAACCGAGCAUGGCAUUAUUGUUCUGGACGAGAUCGACAAGAUCGCAGGGUCCAAGAUGUCAUACGGCAAGGAUGUCGGCGGCGAAGGUGUUCAGCAGGCGCUGCUGAAGAUCAUCGAGGGCACAACCGUACAGGUGCAAGCCAAACCGGAGAAGAGCGCGAACAGGCCCGGUGGAAUGCCUGGUGGUCCUCAGCCUCCUGGGCCUGGCGGAAACAAAGGCGAGGUCUUCAACAUCCGAACUGACAACAUACUCUUCAUUUGCACUGGCGCCUUUUCGAGCCUACACAAGAUCAUCUUGGACAGGAAGUCCAAGGGCAGUAUGGGUUUCGGGGCCUCGAUACGGUCAUCGAACGCACAUGCCGCCGCCGAUGGUGUUAUGCUGACAGGUGUGGAAGCUGAGUCCUUCAAGAAAGACUCCCCUUUCUUCGUACCGCCCAAGAACGAGGUCCCGAACCCAUUUGGUGUUAGACAGGUUCAACGGGAAGAGAAGGUUAAUGUACUUGACCAUGUGCAACCAGCAGAUUUGCAGAAGUUUGGCAUGAUACCCGAACUCAUAGGCCGCAUACCCACGGUCUGCGCAGUAGCAGCUCUGGACGAAGAAGCUCUUGUCCGCGUUCUCACCGAGCCCAAAGACAGCCUGAUAAGACAAGAAGAGCACAAAUCGUACCUCAGGAACAUCGAGCUACGCUUCACAAACGGCGCGCUUCGCGAAAUCGCACGCAAAGCAAGUAGGAUGGGCACAGGCGCCCGCGGGCUACGACACGUCGUGGACCAGCUUCUCUUGCAAGCCAAAUAUGAGACACCCGGCUCAAGCGUCAAGCACAUCCUCGUCACGCAAGACGUCGCCCUCCUCAAACGCGCACCCCUGUACUUCCACCGCGGCCAAUCCGCCGCCUUCGAAGCCGCCCACGCGCAGGAAGAAGAGCGCUGGGAGGAAGAGCUGCGCAGUCAAGAAGACCCAACCAUCGCUAGCAACUUUCAGGAAUACAGGAAGGCUAGUGCUGCAGGCUUUUAG